CUCCGGUUCUCUGGCUUGGACAGAGGCCCAAAGCCACCGAAGACAGCGUGUUACAGCAGCCUUGAGAGGUAAGAAGCGGCUUCAGUGGUGAAUGAAUGCCAUCGAUGCGAAUGCGAUGAAUGUCAAUGCCACAGGAGAUCUGGGUAGUGUGGCUUGCAAGACACAGGGAGGACGCCCGCACGCACCAUGGCUGACGUGACAAGGAUGACGAGUGCCCUUAACCUGGGGUGAGUGAGUGAGCAGUAGUAAUGUCAAUUGCAAUUUAUCUGCCUGCUGUGCUGGGCUUUGUGUGUGCGCACGCAGGAGGCGGCUGCCGCCCCAGAAUGUGGAGAAGACAGUCAUCGGCCUCGGUAGCCUGCCAGCCAGCCACAUGGAUACACACAUACGUGCAAUGCAAACAAACAUUAGUUAAUGGAAUAAAGACACACAGCGAACCGAACCGCCCGCCCCAUUUUGGUCUGUCUGUGUGUCUGUGUGGUGUGGGUGUGCGGUGUGGAUGUGUGUGAUUGGCAGUUCGUAUGGUGCCGUCCCUGGCAGAGGAGCUGUUGCAGCGCAUCGACCGACCGCUCAAAGUCAAACUGGACACCGACGUACGUACGCCACGCGGCAGCGUACAAUGAGAUCCCAAUAGCCGCCAUUCUUUCAUCCGCCCAUCCCAUCCACGCUGUGCUGUGCUGUUUGUGUGUGUGCGCAGCAGCAGAUGUACUUCGUAGCCAGCGAUUACAACCGGGAAGGCAACUCAUUCAGGUGAGGGAGUAAGUGUAUGACUUGCGAGCGGAGGGGGGAAGGGUGGCGAUAAAUGCACUCACUGCACAGCACAGCACAGCACUGCUUUGUUGUUGGUUUGAUGCACUGCCUUGCAGGUCCCCGUGGUCUAACCAGUACUAUCCGCCCCUCCCUGACGCCGACAAAGCAGAGGCAUUCUACCCGUACGCAGGCACAGUGCAUCACAUCAACGCAAUACACACACACACGUGGACACAGGGACCGCCUUCCCUUUGUCCCUUUGUCCCUCCCUCCCUGCCUCAGUUCAGAGCACAUGCGGAAGCAGGAGGUGCUCUUCAAUGAGGUCUUCGACGCAUACAGGCACAGGCAAGCUAUACACACACAUACCAGUGAGUGCACCCCUGGGAGUGAAGGGCCUGGCGUGCGCGUGCGUAUGUGUGUCACUCACUCACCCACUCACUCACUCACUCACUCACUCACUCAUGUCUGUCUGUCUGUCUGUCUGUAUGCAUUCAUUCAUUCCCUGACUGACGCAUCCAUCCGUUUAUUUAUCGGUGUGUCAGUUACUUUGGUGGCGGUGUGUCGUCUGUGUAUUUGUGGGAUCUCUCGGACGAUGGAUUCGCUGCUGCAUUCUUCGUACACAAAGGUAGGUAGGUUGGUAGGUAGGUAGUGGGUGGGUGGGACCAACAGGACAGGGGCACGGCACGCCCAUUCAUUCUUCCAUCCAUGCCAUGCAUCCCCAGGCUGGGCUGGCCAUCCCACCCCUGUCCCUCUGUGUGUGUGUGUGUGUGUGUGUGAUAGAGUCUGACAAGGGUGAUGGCGACAGCACGGGCACCUGGGACUCUAUACACGUAGCCGAAGUUGUCGAGGCGCAAAACGCUGGUCUGUCUGCACCUACAUACCAUCCGUGCACACAACAGAAAGAAAGCAUCAAAUUGGAAUGAGUGCAUGGCAGGCAUGUGUGUGUCCGCCUUUGUGGUUUGUGUGGUGUGAGUAUGUCAGCUCACUACAAGGUGACGUCGACUGUCAUCUUGAGCAUAUCCGACACGGGCCCAGGCAGCAACUUCAGAAUCGGCGGACAAAUGACACGACAGGUAGGUGGGUAGGUACUACAGAAUAGAAUGGGCAGGCAGGCAGCUUUGAGAUGACUGACGGGGCGGCUCUUAUUCGCGUGCGACGGUGAUAUACAGAUGUGUAUGGUGUAUGUGUGUGUUGGUUCACUCGAGUAGACGGAGGAGCAUCUCAAGAUGGACGAGGCGGGAUUCGUGAGCCACCUGACUCGACUCGGACCCAUGGUAAGGAAGGAGAACUUACGCAGGCAAGCGCCGCGCCUUCAUCAAUGUGUGGUGUGGAUGGGGUGGAUGUGUGGCUGGCCGGGUGCGGUGCCUGCCUGGAUUGACCCGAUCCGUCAUUAAUGCAUGCAUUGAUCUAUCUGUGGGUGUUGGUUCAGUUGGAGGGUGCCGAGGCACGACUGCGGAAAGACAUUGACCAGGUCAGUCAGGUGUCUCUGGCGGGAGUGGAUCCAUGCGAUGUGAUUGAUGUCUGCAUGGCAUGGCAUUCAUAUGUUCCAGCAUGGCAUGGCAUGGCAUGCAGUGUGGGUACUCACUGUGUGGUGGUGUCGUGUGCUGUUGUGUGUUGUGGUGUGUCCCCUGCCUGUCCUGCAGGUGUAUGUGCACCGCACCCGUGAGUGUGUGAAUGGUCUCCGGUCCCUCCAGCCCAACGCGCCCCCACAGGCCAAGGCCACCAGGGGCAAACACAUGACCGAACUCGCUACCGUACUCGCCGCACAGAGCAAGAAGAAGACAGCCGACCAAUGAACCGACCGAACCAUACGUGUGGUUGGUGCUUGUACAGACAGACAGACAGACAGACAGCGGUAGGCAGCAUAUGUACAUGUUAGAUAUCCCCCCUGCAGCCAGCCGAGCAAUGAUUGAUAUGAAUGAGUGUGUACGGUACGUACCCACAUACAUGGAUGGGAUGAAUGUGUGCGGCGGACGUCAUGUGUGCUCAACGUGAGUGACGGCCUGGCCACCCACCGGUGUGGUGUGGUGUCUUCAGGAGAGAGAGGUUAGUUAGGUUGAAAGGAAGGCCUUAAGGGCCUUCCAGUGAGGGAGGGAGGGGUAGUUAAACCACCACCGAGUCAUUGAUUGCAGGCAAAUAGGAUGAUAGAAGUCACGCACGCGUACACACACACAUUCUCACAAAUGGACACAUUCUCUCUCAUCGAUAAGUCUUUUGUGUGACUGACAA